AUGUCUUUCCCUAUCCGUUCAUUGCCUCGGUCAUUCCUCCGGUCCUACGGGACUGUGCAGGGGUCGAGUGUGUUGUCCAGUCAGAGUCAGAUCCCUCUCACAUUGACUGAUGCGACGGGAGCAACCGCCCCACGCACCACUUGGACUCGAGAUGAAGUCAAGCAGAUCUAUGAGACGCCAUUGAACCAACUCACAUACGCGGCCGCUGCCGUUCACCGUCGCUUCCAUGACCCUUCCGCCAUCCAGAUGUGCACUUUGAUGAACAUCAAGACUGGUGGCUGCAGUGAGGAUUGCUCCUACUGUGCCCAGUCUUCGCGGCACAACACUGGCCUCAAGGCCACCAAGAUGAGCCCCGUUGACGAGGUUCUGACCAAGGCACGAAACGCCAAGGCCAAUGGCAGUACCCGUUUCUGUAUGGGGGCUGCCUGGCGAGACAUGCGCGGCCGCAAAACCAGUCUCAAGAAUGUGAAGCAGAUGAUCACCGGCAUCCGGGACAUGAACAUGGAGGUCUGCGUCACCUUGGGCAUGAUCGACGAGCAUCAGGCCAAGGAGCUGAAGGAGGCCGGCCUCACCGCAUACAACCACAACCUCGACACCUCGCGUGAAUUCUACCCAUCCGUUAUCACCACCCGCUCUUACGAUGAGCGCCUAAAGACGCUCUCGCACGUCCGUGAUGCCGGUAUCAACGUCUGCUCAGGUGGGAUCCUCGGUCUGGGCGAGGCUGACUCCGACCGCAUUGGUCUCCUGCACACCGUCUCCAGCCUCCCUGCGCACCCCGAAUCCUUCCCCGUCAACGCUCUUGUCCCCAUCCCUGGAACUCCUCUCGGCGACCGCAAGAUGAUCCCCUUUGACCGUCUGCUCCGAACCGUCGCAACCGCCCGUAUCGUGAUGCCCGCCACUAUUGUUCGUCUGGCUGCCGGUCGCGUCGCUCUCACCGAGGAGCAGCAGAUUGCCUGUUUCCAGGCCGGUGCGAAUGCCGUCUUCACCGGCGAGAAGAUGCUGACCACUGACUGUAACGGCUGGGAUGAGGAUAAUGUCAUGUUCAAGCGUUGGGGAUACUACCCCAUGAAGAGCUUCGAGAGGGCCAAGCUGAGAGUUGACGCCCCAGUAUCGGCUGAAACGGCUGAACCCGAGGCUGCUGCGCCGGUCGCGGCUAGCCCUUAG